CGAGCAGGACCACAAGAACAUGCCUAAAGCCAUGCUCUCACCAUUCAACAGUCACAAUUUCUAGGUAUUUAACAUUCCUUGCUCUCACACUGAAUCGCCCUCAUAGCUGUUGACGAACUAUUGCACGAACUAUGAGCACUCCCCCUCGACCACCCUACGAUCCUGAGUUGAAGACAGUGAUUGAUCAAGCGUUUGCCGACGGUAUGCCGUUCUAUUAUGGCAUCGACGAUCUCCCUACCUUACGUGAAGGGGCCUCAAUUGGCGCCUCAGCUGAACCGACCCUCGCUCUGUCUCCAGGUAGCACCCAUAAGGAGCGCACCAUUGCAGGGCCUAAUGGAGAUAUCCAGGUUUCAAUUCUUCGCCCUUCGAGUUUUGAUGCGACCAAGCAACACCCUGCCAUUCUCUUCUAUCAUCCAGGCGGUAUGAUCAUGGGCAACCGCUUUACUGGCUUGACAGCCCUUGCACCAUAUCUCGAUUUGUGCAAUGCCAUCGUCAUCUCGCCUGAAUAUCGUCUUGCACCUGAGCACCCGGCACCCAUCCCAUUUGAGGACGCCUACGCAGUACUCAAGUGGGCUGGUGACAAGUUUGCAGAGCUUUGCAUUAAUCCAGAUCGCCUUCUGGUCGCUGGAACCUCUGGAGGUGGCGCAAUCUGUGCUGGUGUGAUGCUUUUGGCUCGGGAGCGUGGAGGUCCCAAGGUAUGCGGUCAGCUUCUCGUCGCCCCCAUGCUGGAUGAUCGCUGCGAUAGUGUAAGUGCUCACCAAUUCGAGGCUGAAGGAGGGCACUGGAGCAGUCGAAGCAACCGCUUUGCAUGGCGCUGCGUGCUUGGUACACGAUGGGGAACGCCCGACGUGAAGGACUUUGAAGUCCCGGGACUCGUGACAGAUCUAUCAGGGCUUCCGCCCACGUAUCUGGAGGUGGGGUCGGCAGAAGUGUGUCGAGAUGAAGUCGUUGCGUUCGCGAGUACAUUGUGGGAAAGCGGCGUGCAGGCAGAACUUCAUGUUUGGCCAGGGGGGUGGCACAAUUUCGCUGCACACGUGCCCGAUGCUGAUGUAUCCAAGAAGGCUCUCCAUACAAGACAUCAAUGGGUCGAGAAGCACCUGAAGGAAGUUUGAUAAAUACGUCGUAGUAGGGGCAAAAGGCAUCACAUUUCAUUGUCAGUAAGCCACAUUCAAAGCAUAACAAUGAUUCACUGGCUUGCAUGUGCAAUAAGUUGCCAAAUGUUCACAACCCUGAAUGAACUCUCGA